AUGAUUAGAAUUUUCAGAGUCGACCACACCAAUGAGUUGUCUAAAGAUGACCCACACUUUGAAUACAUUGAUGUAACAAAAGACACCAAUAUCAAGGAAAAGUAUAUCAAUAGCAGACCAGUCAAGAAAAUGACUCCAUCUAGUAUACCAUUGUACCUUGAAAACUAUGUUGUUUGGACCAAAGAUACUUUGUUGAUGAAAUCAAUUCAUAAUGACUUGGAAAAAGAAGUUGACGAAACCGAAGUGAGCAAAGCCAUAAUUGGGUAUUAUGAACUACGUGAUGCACCUGUGGUAGUAUUCUACCUUGAUGACCAAGAAUUGGAAUUUUUGAAAUCUAGAAACAAAGCAACCAAUGUAAUAUAUGAGUUUUAUGAUCCUGACGGCCCAUGGGGAGCCUAUUCCGUGUGGUAUUUACUUCCGGGAGAAAAAGAAAUGGGCUAUUCAUUAGCACUGAGUUAUUCAUUAAGAUUGAAGGAAUUCAAAGACAGACCAAGAAUGUUUUAUUUCACGGAAAAUGAUAGGUUGUUUUGUAGUACAAUUGGGACACGUUUCUGUGUUAUUGAAGUUGAUGAAAUAUUGGAUUCUCCACAUUCUUAUUAUGACAUUGCUGAGAAAGUUUACAAGUUUUAUAUGAAGGCCGAUGCAGAUUUACAACUGUAUAGAAUACGUACUAGGAGGCUUGCCAAGUAUCUUGGAAAGCCAGUAAAGUUUUUGGGAGAGACAUUCUUGCCUGAAUGA